AUGACGGCGAAGAUGAAGGCGAAAGAAAAAGCAGAAAAGCAAGCGGAGAAGGACGGAGACGAGCAAGAAUACGACGCCAGAGGAGGGAUGGGAGCGAAGAGGAAACGAGGGAUGUUUGCGAGAGACUUGAGAUAUAUGAUGUACGGUUUCGGCGACGUUCGCGACCCGAACAACGAAACCGUCGCUUUAGUUGAAGAUUUAAUGGUAGACUUCAUCACCAACGUCGCGCAUCAAGCCAUGGAGUGCGCGGAAAGAAGAGGCGGUCGCUUUUCCAACGAAGACUUGUUGUACGUGAUUAGAAACGACGAGAAAAAAUUGAGAAGAGUCGAGGAGUUGAUGGAAAUGAACGAGUAUUUGAAAGAAGCGAGGAAGAAUUUUGACUUAGCUGAUCCGAACGUGGUGGAGAAAACGGCCGAGGAAAAAGAGGAGUGA